GCAGCUCCCGUCUCUCGCCGGGGCCCCCUGGCGUAGCGGAUCCCGCUCCGACGCCGCGGCUGGAGGCGGAGGAGGCCGCGGCGGUGCCGCCCGCCCGCCGGAGCCAUGGCACAGCCCGGCCCGAGCCCGCCGACAGACGUUGCUCUUCUACAACGGGUAGCAGAAUUGGAAAAGGUCAACGCAGAAUUUCUGCGCACAAAGCAGCAACUUGAGCAAGAAUUUAAUCAAAAGAGAGCAAAAUUUAAGGAGUUAUAUUUGGCUAAGGAAGAGGACCUAAAAAGACAAAAUGCAGUGCUGCAAGCAGCUCAAGAUGAUCUGGGACAAUUGCGGACCCAGCUGAUGGAAGCUCAUGCCGAAAUGGAGAACAUUAAAGCUAUAGCUACAGUAUCUGAGAAUACAAAGCAGGAAGCUAUCGAUGAGGUGAAGAGACAGUGGCAAGAAGAAGUAGCUUCACUACAAGCUGUUAUGAAAGAGACUGUUCGUGACUAUGAGCUCCAGUAUCAUCACAGGUUGGAGCAAGAGCGAGCUCAGUGGAAUCAAUAUCGAGAAAAUGUGGAACGGGAAAUAGCAGAGUUAAGGCGGCGACUGUCUGAAGGUCAAGAGGAAGAAAACCUAGAAAAUGAAAUGAAAAAGGCCCAGGAAGAUGCUGAGAAGCUGCGUUCAGUUGUGAUGCCUAUGGAGAAAGAGAUUGCAGCAUUGAAGGAAAAAUUGACAGGAGCUGAAGAAAAAAUAAAAGAGUUAGAAGCAUCAAAGGUUAAAGAACUGAACCAUUAUUUGGAAGCUGAGAAGUCAUGUAGGACAGACUUAGAGAUGUAUGUGGCUGUUCUCAACACGCAAAAAUCAGUCCUGCAAGAAGAUGCAGAGAAAUUGCGGAAAGAACUGCACGAAGUCUGCCAUCUCUUAGAGCAAGAGCGACAACAGCACAACCAGUUGAAACACACAUGGCAAAAAGCCAAUGAUCAGUUCUUGGAGUCUCAGCGCUUGCUGAUGAGGGAUAUGCAACGUAUGGAAAUUGUUCUGACCUCUGAGCAGCUCCGACAAGUUGAAGAACUGAAAAAAAAGGAUCAGGAAGAAGAUGAUCAGCAAAGGCUUAGCAAGAGAAAGGAACAGAAGCAAAAAGAUUCAGAUGAUGAAACGAAAGCUUCGUGUUCUCUAGCCCAUGAGGAAACUCUUACCCAGCUAUCUAAUGAAGAGGUGCACGUAAAUAGCACCCAUGGCUCAGUCCAUUCGUUGGAUGCAGACUUGCUUCUUUCUUCUGGCGAAUCUUUCAAUAAAUCGGAUAAUGAUAUGUUUAAAGAUGGACUACGGAGAGCACAGUCAACAGACAGUCUGGGGACAUCUGGAUCUUUACAGUCCAAAGCUUUAGGAUACAACAACAAAGCAAAAUCUGCUGGGAACCUGGAUGAAUCAGAUUUUGGACCACUUGUUGGAGCAGAUUCAGUGUCUGAGAACUUUGAUACAGCUUCCCUUGGGUCUCUGCAAAUGCCAAGUGGGUUCAUGUUAACCAAAGAUCAGGAAAAAGCAAUCAAAGCAAUGACACCAGAGCAAGAAGAGACUGCUUCACUUCUUUCCAGUGUUACACAAGGGGUAGAAAGCGCUUAUGUAUCUCCUAGUGGUUACCGCUUGGUUAGCGAAACAGAGUGGAACCUACUGCAGAAGGAGGUGCAGAAUGCAGGGAACAAGCUGGGUAGACGCUGUGAUAUGUGCUCGAAUUAUGAGAAGCAGUUGCAAGGUAUCCAGAUUCAGGAGGCUGAGACAAGAGACCAGGUGAAAAAGCUGCAGGUGAUGCUGAGGCAGGCUAAUGACCAGCUGGAAAAGACAAUGAAAGAUAAACAGGAAUUGGAGGAUUACAUGAAACAAAGUGCUGAGGACUCCUCUAAUCAGAUCUCUGUGCUUAUGGCUAAGUGUCAAAAGUCGGAGAACUUCCUCAGUGAACUGCAGCAGGCAUUUUCACAAGCAAAGAGAAGUGUCCAGGAGCAAAUGGCUGUCCUGACACAGUCAAGGGAGCAGGUUUCAGAAGAGUUGGUGAGACUACAAAAAGAUAAUGAAAGUCUUCAAGGAAAACAUAGCUUGCAUGUGUCUUUACAGCAAGCUGAAGAUUUCAUUCUACCAGAAGCAGCAGAGGAGCUCCGUGAGCUGAUUUUAAAAUAUCGUGAAGACAUAAUUAGUGUGCGGACAGCAGCAGAUCACCUUGAGGAGAAACUUAAGGCAGAGAUUUUAUUCUUAAAAGAACAGAUUCAAGCUGAACAAUAUUUGAAAGAAAAUAUAGAAGAAACUCUACAGCUGGAAAUAGAGAAUUGCAAAGAGGAAAUAGCUUCCAUUUCCAGUUUAAAAGCUGAACUGGAAAGAAUAAAAGUGGAAAAGGAACAGUUGGAAAGUUCUUCGCAGGAAAACCUACAGCAGCUGGAGAGUCUGCAGGAAGCAAAAAGCACUCUAGAAGAGCAGUUGAAGAAGGAGACAGCAGCAAAGGCAAACCUUGAACAGCUGGUAUUUGAAGAGAAGAAUAAAGCUCAGCGGUUACAGACUGAAUUAGAUGUCAGUGAGCAAGUGCAGAGAGAUUUUGUAAAGCUUUCUCAGACACUUCAGGUGCAGCUGGAGCGGAUCCGGCAGGCAGAUUCCCUGGAGAGAAUCCGUGCAAUCCUGAAUGACACAAAACUGACGGACAUUAAUCAGCUUCCUGAAACAUGACACCCUGAUGAGCGGGCUCCAAGGCUGCAUUUGGGGUUUUUAACUCAUCUUUAUAGCAACAUUAAUUAUUAUUUAACUCUAACUGAAAGCGCAGAAGACAACAGAGGGGAGUAAUGACUAAGUUUUGUUUCUAGAGGGGAAAAAGGUUUCGUACUGGGCAGGAAGAGAGCACAAGGGUGACUUGCAGUGUAGGAAGAACUUUCCAAUGGAAACACUAACGAGUGCGGUGUUUCGUGUUCCGCUGAGUGGGAUCAGUCCUUACAUUCUGAAAAACUUCCCCUCUUUCAGCCGACUUUGUAACCUAAUAUAGAGUUUUGGAACAUUUACCCCAUGUCUUUCCCUCUUUCCUUCCCCUUCCCCCCCACCCCCAUGAUCAAAGUAGCUGCUGGAAACCGUAUUGUCCCUCCAAAACAUUGAAGAGCAAAGUGGUUGAAGUUUUUCUGUUUGAAUAGUCAGUAACAGUAUUCAGCUAGCAGAGAGAAUGAGGUGUAGAGUAUGCUGUAUGAAUAUUUUAUAUUAAAAUAUGACUUUAUUAGCAGGA